CAAAAACCAGCUUCCAAAUGCGAGAGGAACUAAUGAAAGCGCUGGAAAGUCUUCGUACGUUCCGUUUUACUGUUGCACACACCCUGUGAUCAGCACAGUUGUAAGCUGACUGUUUCCUGGGCGAUUUUGCGGUUUUCUAGGUGAGAGAUGCCGAAAAAGAAGACCGGGGCUCGUAAGAAGGCUGAAAGCCGAAAGGAGCGAGAGAAACAGACCCGAGCCAACAAAGAUAAUGUUGAUGUGGCUAAACACCCGUGCAACUUUGCCAUGGAAUGUGAUAAAUGUCAAAGGCGGCAAAAGAACAGAGCAUUCUGCUAUUUCUGCUCGUUAGUGCAGAAACUUCCCAUGUGUGCACAGUGUGGCAAAACAAAAUGUAUGAAGUCUUCAGACUGUGUCGUCAAACAUCCUGGCAUUCACAGCACCGGAAUGGGAAUGGUGGGGGCCAUCUGCGAUUUCUGUGAAGCCUGGGUGUGCCAUGGCAGGAAAUGCCUGAGUACCCAUGCCUGCUCCUGCCCCCUUGUAGAUGCAGACUGUGUUGAAUGCGACCGCAGUGUUUGGGAACAUGGUGGUCGAAUUUUCCGUUGCUCUUUUUGCCACAAUUUUUUGUGCGAGGACGAUCAGUUUGAACACCAGGCGAGCUGUCAAGUGUUGGAGGCUGAGACUUAUAAAUGCUUAUCCUGCAAUCGACUUGGUCAGUACUCCUGUUUACGAUGCAAGGUGUGUUUCUGUGACGAUCAUGCCCGAAGCAAAGUAUUCAAACAAGAGAAAGGCAAGGCACCACCGUGCCCAAAGUGUGGACAUGAAACUCAGGAGACAAAAGAUCUGAGCAUGUCCACUCGAAACCAUAAAUUUGGUCGUCAAAGUGGCACUGAUGAGGAUGGAGCAUCAGGAUACGCCUCGUACUGGAAGAAUUUAGAAAGUGGGGCAGGAGACGAUGAUGAGAUCGAGGAGGACUAUGACUUUGAUGAUGAAGAGGAAGACGAUGAGGAGGACGAUGAUGACGAAGAGGAGGAAGAUGAUGCUGAGGUUGAGAACUCGCUGUCAAAUCUCAGCUUGGAAGCCACCUGUGGAAAGACUUCAUAGAAAUGGAAAAAAUAUUUUGUUUGAGAUUGUGCAGGUUUAGACCCAAAGUGAGUUUAGAAAGUGAGUUUAACGUAGUCAGAUCUGCCUAUGUGUGUCUACAUUUUAAGACAUCCUUUUGAAAUUCAGAUAUAUCUGAAGUAAUAUUUUUAAAAGUAAGUUUUGUGACGUUUUUCAUGGUUACCUCAACUUGAGAUUUUGAGGCUUGGAAACUAAUGUCAAUGAAUAAAACUUCAAGUAAAAAUGUA